AUAUAUAUAGAUGCAGUUGUUUGUAAAUGGAUCAUAAACUCUCACCUUCUCUUCUCAGGUAACUAAUAUUCGUAAGCAAAAGAUAUGGCCCAAAAGGUGGAAGCACAAGGAGGAAAUGGAGGAAACCAAUGGGAUGAUGGAUCGGAACACGAUGCAGUGACCAAGAUUCAGGUUGCAGCAGGCGGGAGCGGCAUUCAAUACGUUCAGUUCGAUUAUGUCAAGAACGGUCAAACCGUUGAAGCACCUCUUCGCGGUGUCAAGGGCCGUAGUAUCGCAGCUGAUCCGUUUGUGAUUGACCAUCCAGAGGAGCAUCUUGUUUCUGUUGAAGGUUGGUAUGACCCUGCAGGUUUCAUUCAAGGUCUUAAGUUUAAAUCCAACAAGAAGACUUCUGAACUUAUUGGAUACGAUGAUGGUACUCCAUUGACUCUCCAAGUUCGAGACAAGAAGAUCAUUGGCUUUCAUGGCUUCGCCGGAGACAAUCUUCAUUCUCUUGGAGCUUACUUUGCUCCAUUACUAACCUCCACUCCUUCAGUUCCCCCGAAGAAGCUUGAAGCUAAGGGUGGUGAUACAGGGGCUGUGUGGGACGAUAGUGCUCACGACAAUGUUAAAAAGGUGUAUGUAGGACAAGGCCAAGAUGGUGUAGGAGCCGUCAAGUUUGAAUACACAAAUGGUUCUCAGGUGGUUAUUGGAGUUGAACAUGGGAAACCUACAAUGCUUGGCUACGAAGAGUUUGAGCUUGAAUCAGAUGAGUACAUUACAUCCGUGGAAGGCACUUAUGACAAAAUCUUUGGGACUGACAGUGCAAUAGUGACUAUGCUUACGUUCAAGACAAACAAGAACAAAACAGCUGGACCCUUCGGGCUUGAAGGUAGCACACCGUUUGUAUUCAAGGAGGAAGGUUACAAGAUUUCCGGGUUCCAUGGACGAGCUGGUGAGGUUGUUCAUGCUAUCGGAGUUUACUUAGCUCCAGUAGGCACCAUCCCUUUGACUCCUGCAGAACCAACCAAGAAGCUAGAAGCAGCUGGUGGUGAUGGAGGAACUUCAUGGGAUGAUGGUGUUUACGAUGGCGUUAGAAAAGUGUCUGUAGGACAAGCCCAAGAUGGUGUUGGAGUGGUUAAGUUUGUGUAUGACAAAGGAGCUCAGGUUGUUGUAGGAAAUGAACAUGGAAAAACUACAAUGCUUGGAUUUGAAGAGUUUGAGCUUGACUAUCCAAGUGAAUACAUCACGGCAGUGGACGGCACCUACGAUAAAAUCUUUGGGAGUGACUCAGCGGUCAUUACCAUGCUUAGGUUCCAGACCAAUAAGCAAACAUAUGGUCCCUUUGGGAUGGAAGCUGGCACACCCUUCGUACUCAAAGAGGAAGGCCACAAGAUCGUUGGUUUCCAUGGAAGCGCAAGUGAUCUUCUUCAUAAAUUUGGAGUUCAUGUCCUUCCCAUCACCAACUGAUCAUGGAGAUCUUAAUUUGUCACACUUUGUGUCUCUCUCUUGAUGGUCUUUGAAAUUUGAAUAAGGUGAUUCUACAUUCUCUGGUUUCUGUUUGUUUCCUUCGUCAGUGUUUCAAGUCUUUUCUCUUGAUUUGUGUUGUUGUUUUGUGUUUGAUAGAUUUGUGAUCCAUCUUGAUAAAGGAAGUUUGUUCAAAUUAUU